GACGGUUACGGCCGAGUACAAGAGCCUCUUGCAGGAGUCGCUGGAUGCAGUGUGCGCAGCUCCCCAUAUUGGCGGGGCAAUCGACCUGGAUCUUAACGACGACACAGAUGUCCCGCUGGUCACGAGGUGGCACUAUUGGCACGAGCGAGCGGAGGCAGCACUCAACAUCGCAGUUGAGAAAAAGAUGGUGGCACUCAGGCAGGGAACGUCAGCGAUGGCUGAAGUCUCUCCACGGCACUUCAUGGAUAUUGCCAGAGCCGCCUUCGAGGGUAUUGUCAACAUGAAAGCAGAAGGUAUUCCUUGUUAUGCAGAUUGCCUCCAGUGGCUGACGGCAGCCAUACAAGCGGAGAAUAUUAAGUUGCAACGUGAAGCCCAGAGAUCUUGGAAAGAAAAGUUUGCAGCGUGGUCCACAGAGGUGUACAAAGUGGCCACGCCUAUGUUCAAGCAAGCACCCCCAGCAUCAUCGUGCCACGUCUCGCAGUUCGCCGAGGAGUGGGAAGCACAGUGGAAGCCAGGGAAUGUUGACAAACAAGCGCACCUUCGAGCAUGGCAACAUCGCGCUGAUCAAGUUGAGUUUCCCAAGUCGACUUUACAUGAGAUGUGGCUGCCAACGAAGGAACAGUUUGACGAAGCGCUGAGAAGCUCCAAGGGCUGUGCUGGAUUGGAUGGGUGGUCCUUCAGAGAGAUUCGUAUCCUGGCGGACCUGUACCCAGAGAUCAUUGCAGAGCUCUACACGUUGUGGUGUGAUACUUCCAGGUAUUGCAUUGAACAUGAAG